UACUAAUGAAUGAAUAAUCUAACUGACGUCAUUCUCAGUCGGAUGGUCGCUGCCGACGAACAGGUCACCAGUACUCAAUGCAAUUACCAGCGAAGAACUAUAGCGCACUUUCCGUUCGACGACAACUUCAGAGAGGACGCGGCCACGCACAUUCUUGUCAACGCGCCCCGUGUGGGGGACUCGCAGUAUGUCAAGGGAGUGAAAUUCGUCCCCGGCGUAUUUGGCAGGUGUGUGGAAUUUAAUUCGCCCCGGGCGAAGGAGCUGACGUACCAAGGUGGAUUCAGCACGGACAACAAUCGUAAUUACACAUGGAAUAAGGGCUUCACCAUCAGCGUGUGGUUCAGGAGGCCGGAAUCGUCAGGCGAAGAUGAACUUGGUAUCGCAGGAUACAUCAAUGGCGAGGUUGGAGUAUUUGAACUUUUCAUCGGCAUAAAAGAUCAACGAAGCAACUCCUCGUUUAGUCAACAACCGACAUCUUUUGGCAAUACAUGGCACCAUGUCGUAAUUACGUCCAAUGGAGAGACGUCUUCGGAACGUGUCUACAUCGACGGACUGGAGACACAAAGACACCUCAUGGCGUUGGCUUCCUACCUUCUAAUAUCUAACAAUGUUAAAACCGCCAUACCGAAUAAAAUGGACUUCGUCAUCAGCACCAGCCAGAAGAACGAUCUCGUCGACGAGCUGGUGAUUGUUGACUGCGCACUGCCACCUGUCGAGGUGUUGCGUAUGUACGCCGACUAUAGCCGACGCCUGUUAGUAAACGUUGGCAAAUAGCCAAUAAAUCAUGUAUAUUCUGCUGCUGCCCUCGCGUUUAAUCAUGAAGCGACGGUCUCAAUUUUGGACAAUAGGUUACAUACAUGUAACUUACAUAUGUACUACAUAUGUACUACAUAUGUGUACCUACAUGUAAAUACGUUGUUUGACAAUUGGAUAGAUGAACCAACGUGUACCUGGAGCACAUGUUGAAGCGAGAAUAAAAGAGGGAGAUGUUAAAAUAAUUAUUGUGCACAAAGCACCAUCGGGUAGACAAAGUCGAGCAGAAAAUUAGUGCGAGGGAAGUGUUAUGAGGAAGGUAAAAUGCGAAAAAGGGAACGCGGGUAAGAAUAUAUAACGACAAGACGAGAAGUCGACGCAGAUGCGAACUUCAUUCGUUGUUGUUGUUUAUAUAGGUUACAACUGUCUCCUGUCUAUGUUAAACACUGAUCGCUCUGUUUACGAGUUACAUGCAGCUGAUAAGCAACUACGCAUGCAUUGAUUUUGAUAUUCCAUCCUGUAUAUAAUUGGUUCAAAAUUUUAUGUUUUGGUUUUGCCCAAAUCACGCCAGCGCAAGUACAUUCGCUUUUCUAGAUCGGUAUGUAGGCCUAGUACCUACGGUAUACACUAGAUAAUUCCGUGUAUAAUCUGUAACUCGUGGCGAUCAAAUCAGCUGUAUGUCCGCCAUAGAGACACUAACAAGUUAUCAUGACGCAAUACGCUCAAGUGAGAGUGUUGAUUGUAUCAGAGCACGUAUAUCAUCAGGGGUUAAUCAUGACAAAUUGUCAAAAUUUGACAAAAUAACAAUUUUUCAUUAUUAACCCCUGAUAUCAUAUAUAUAUAUAUAUAUAUAUAUAUAUAUAUAUGAUAUACGUGCUCUGAUUGUAUGCAUUGUCACCACAGAAAUCACGUGACCACUGGCUUUUGAUUUUAAAUUCUUUUAAAUUGCGCCGCCAUAUAACAAACUGGAGAGCAAUUUUCAUCUCUGUGGUGAGAUUGGAUUGUAUGGACUCACUGUAAUGAUAUUCUCCGGCGGACAACGUCAGCCAGCCCGCAGUCCAAUCACGAGAGUCCGCAAUCUGCACGAUAUGCGGUGUCGCAUAUGCUUAUAAAUUCGAGACUGGGGAAAGGCAUAUACAAUGAAACCGUCUCCGUAGGCAUCAAGUGACAUUGAUGACUUGCUACGUAUUUCCUGAUAGUAGGCGUUAUCCGAUUAUCUGUAAUAUGCUCCACCAUCCACACGAAGUAAAACCGCCAGGUACCUGGUGUUAGCUAUUCAAA